AUGAAUCACGUACACCCGACAUCGACCCCCACGAUCCAUCCCGCGCGCCUCGUAUCACAAAGACAUGCCAAUGCCAAAAAGGGAUCAACGAACUCGUCACCCCCCACUCGCGCCCCGCGCCCCCUCGCUGCUCAUCGGUCUUCUCUGUUUCUGUUUCUGUUUUUGUUGGAGGGGAGGGGCAGGGGGGCUGCCUAUGUGGAUUCGACAUCUCAUCUCAUCUUUCCUCCUUCCUCUCAGCUACAGACUGCCUACCUAGUCUUGCUCCACAACGAGCGGAUUCCCAACCUCAACACCUCGCAUAUUGCCAAUAGCGUCUACUCUGGCAACUUUGCAUCCUCCAUACGAACACGGUGA